UUUUUUCUUCUUUUGUUUGGGUACAAGAAGCGGGACGGCCUUCUCUCUUUUGCCUCCCUCUUGCCCUCUCUAUUUUGAGACGCUCGUGUCUUUCCGCGGCCGUUGAAUUCAUCGCGGCCAUCCACUACGGAAACAUGGGGCUGUCUCUAAUCGAGGGCUUUACUAAGUCGCUUGCGAUGACCGUGCUAUCGGAGAUUGGAGACAAGACAUUCUUUGCAGCUGCGAUCUUGGCAAUGCGUCAUCCAAGGAGGCUUGUCUUAGCAGGUUGUUUAAUAGCAUUAAUUGUGAUGACCAUCCUAUCUGUCUUGCUUGGUUGGGCUGCACCAAAUCUGAUUUCUCGCAAAUGGACGCACCAUGUAACAACUGUGCUGUUCUUUAUAUUUGGAUUUUGGUCUUUAUGGGAAGGAUUUACAGAAGAUGGGGAAGCUGAAGAGCUGAAGGAAGUAGAGGCAAAACUGGAUGCUGACUGGAAAGCUGGCACAGGUGGCACCAAAGGAGGUUCUAAGGGGGAUAAUGAUUUAAAGAAACAGCAGAGACCAUUUCUGACACAGUUCUUCUCACCCAUAUUUCUGAAGGCAUUUUCCAUUACUUUCUUUGGUGAGUGGGGUGAUAAGAGUCAGAUUGCUACAAUUGGUUUGGCCGCUGAUGAAAACCCAUUUGGUGUGGUUCUUGGGGGCAUCAUGGGACAGGCAUUGUGUACUACAGCAGCUGUUCUUGGCGGAAAGAGCUUGGCAUCCCAAAUAUCUGAGAAGAUGGUUGCACUCUCCAGUGGGGUACUUUUCCUAGUAUUUGGGCUCCAGUCCUUCCUGUCAGCAGUGGGAGAGUCAUGAUCCUCACUUGCCGUCUUUUUCGUGUUCAAAUGCUUAUCUGGUUGCACAUUUUGCUUUCCCUAUUCAUUCCAAGAUAUAUGUCAUGGGAUGUCAUUUGCACCACAGCUAUUCUGACUCAAAAUUUUUAUACAAUAGGAGUUAUUCUCACAGCUUCAUUUAUGAACAAUCUGUACCAUAGUUAUAAACAUUUUAUCAAUUCAGUGACAAAUAGAUUACUAUCUAUUAUCAAUAUGAUCAUAAAUUUUACUCCUA